ACCGCACUUAAUACAGUCGGAAGUUGCUUCCCCACUAAUGUUUACAACAUGGAGAACUAUUAAAGGAAAACCAUUGUGGUCUUAGAAUGCAGCCUGCUGUUAGAGACUUCAAGCACACCAUGGAAGCUACAAUGCAUAGAUUCCUCACUUUAUAUCCAGGGAGCCACAAUUCCAGCUGAGAUUUUGAACAAACGCCAUUAAAUACUAGUUUGAUUGCAUAAAGCUGGUCAAUCAAGGUCUUGAGUCAAUGUCUUUAGCAGAAAAUCUCUGUUGGCCCUUUUCCAAUUUGAACUGUCUGCACUACAGAAAACUUACCAGUUAUUGCAAGAUUGGAUGAGGAGUAAGCAUUUAAGGAGAUGAAAAGAUGUCUGCAAGGACACAAAAUUCAAGAACCUGUGGAUGCGGUACUCGUGCAGAUGGAAGGAUAACUUAUAGGAGCAGGUUAUAGCUAGCCAAAAUGAAGGAUCGGCUUCAAGAACUUAAACAACGGGCAAGAGAGGCUGAACUUAAGACAGGCAAUGAAGGUGAAGAAAGCAAGCAAACUGAAGAGAGUAUUUACUUUAAACAACAAGCCAUUAUUUUUGAAAAAGAGCCAAUCAUGGAGAAUUUCUUGUUAGGUGCACAGAAAAUUCAAGAUGAAAUCAAUGAACUAAAUAAUGAUAUAAAGAAACUGAGUCAACAGAGCACCACCAUAGUUUCUACACGUCGGUUCAGCAUUAUUAAAAAGGACAGUUCCAAUCUCAUUAAAGAAAUCAAACUCCAAGCUGAGUCGAUUCACAAACAUCUAGAUACAUUAUCAAAGGAUGCACAACAAUCAGAGGCUGACAUUGGAGAGGAUGCAAUUAUUUCAAGAAUGAAGAGGACACAAUAUUUAAUGCUGUUGAAACAGUAUCAGACAGCUAUGUCAGACUUUAAUACUGUCCUAAAUAAAAAGCAAGAAAAUUGCAAAAAAUUCAUUCAACGCCAGCUUGAAAUUGUUGGAAAGGAAGUAUCAGAAGAGGAGCUGAACAACAUGGUGGAGCAUGACAAAUGGUACGUUUUCAACGAGAACUUUCUCAAUGACGUCAAAAUUACUAAAGGUCAUCUGUCUGAAAUUGAGAAUCGCCACAAGGAAUUAAUCAACCUUGAAAAUCAAAUCAAAGAGCUACAAGAUCUUUUUGUACAAAUUUCACUUUUGGUGCAUGAGCAAGGGGACUUCCUGAACAACAUUGAAAGGGUAGUGUUGAACACAAAAGAAUACACAGAAAAAGGCAGGGAUGAAAUCAAGCUAGCAGUAAAAUUAACAAAGAAAAAUCUAUGCAGGAAGUUGUGCUGUUGGUGUUUCCCUUGUUGUGCAUGAUAUUAUAUAACUAGAUGUUAUGUAUGGGAACAGUGUCACUUUCAGCAAUAACUACCAAAUAUUCAUCACUGUAAAAUUAAGAUUCACCGACAAACAUAUUAGGUUUGAGAAUGCUGUGGAUGGAUUGCAAAACCUGCCACUCCAAGAAAUAAAUGAAGUUGCCACCAGUGCCACCCUGUUUUAAUGUUGAAACAUUGCUGUAACCCUGGAGCCAGAUUGGGAGUGUGAAGUUAAAGAAGAGCUGGGUAGACGUAGAGCAAGGGAUAUUUUAACAACCACUUUGCAAGUAAUGAUGGGCAUCUGAGAAUAGGAUGGGCCAUUCAAACCAUGAAUUCUACUAAGCACCAGCAAAGAGAUAUCAAAGAGUCUGGAAACAACUCUCAGGGUUAUCCCAUAGGGUCUCCACUCCAGGGCUGCCAUUACUGCCUUGGAGCUCACUGCUUGGGAAUUAUUGAUCUAAAUGGGUCUAUUUCUCUAAUCCUAGGAAGGGGAAAAAAAAAUAGUAGUUACUUGCUACCUGUCUGGAAAUAAACAUUAAUUUACAAGUAAACUCAAUUAGCAAAAAUAUCAAUUGAACAGGAAUUGUAGUGCAACUACAAAGCACAAUCUAUUAUUUGGACUGGUCUGAAAAAUAUCAUGAAUAACCUAACAUACUUCUUUUAAUUGCUUUAUUUAUUUGCCAGCAAAAAAAAACCCAGUUCUUAAUUCAGAUACCUCUGAAAAACUUCAACAUGAUGGUUUAGCUUUUAAUAUUUGCUUUAUGUAGAACUCAUUGCAUUGCAAGUAUGUGCAUCAUGCACAUGAAACACAUCACAUACUUGACAGACUGAAAUUAUCUUCCAAACAGGUUAAGUAGGGAAUAACUAAACACAGAAUCAAAGUUUUGCAGGGUUUUCCUGUUCCUUCAAUUUUAAUGUAAACAUUAUAGAAUCAGAUAACAGAAAAUAUUAUUCACUGCAUAAGGUUUCAUCUUCAAUAAUUAGAGCAGAAUCAUCAACUCAUUGAAUCCCUACAGUGAGCAAGCAGGUUGUUCAGCCCAUCAAAUCCAUACCAACCUUCCAAACAGCAUCUCACCCAGACCCCUAACAAAUCCCUAUAACCUGCAUUUUCAAUGGGGCUAAUCUGCCUAGCCUGCAACUCCCUGGACACUACAGGCAAUUUACUGUGGUCAUUCUGCCUAAACUACACAUAUAGUCGUAAUCAUACAGCACAGAAACAGACCCUUCAGUCCAACCAAUCCUAGCUGAACAUAAUCCCAAACUAAACUAGUCCCAUCCCACUGCUCCUGGCCAAUAUCCCUCCAAACCUUUCCUAAUCAUGUACUUAUCCAAAAGUCUUUUAAACGUUAUAAUUGUACCCACAUCCACCACUUCCUCAGAAAUUCGUUCCACACGCAAAUCAUCCUCUGGUGAAAAAAGUUGGUCUUCUUUAAAUCUUUAUCGCCUUAAAAAUACACCUUGUAGUCUUGGAAUCCCCCAUCCUAGGGAUCUUUGGACUGUGCGAGGAAGCCUGAGCAACCAGAGGAAACCCACGCUGACAUGAGGAAAACAUGCAAACUCCAUACAGACAAUUGCCAGAGGAUGGAAUCAAAUCUAGGUAUCCGUUGCUGUAAGGCAGCAAUGCUAACCACUAAGCCACUGUGCCACCGUGAUUGCCUUUUUUGUUGUCAAGCAUUUCAACGUAUCCACCAAUAACUGUCGAAACAUUUUGGACUAAUUCUUGCUAGAUUUUUUAUCUGGAGGCACAGAACUGGAAGUUCAAAAGCUUUCUAUACUUUGCAACUCAAAAAAGGUGUCAUAAUUUGCCAGAAUUGUGAACAAAUAACAACAACAGCACAACAUCAUUUCAGUGAAAGCCUGAAGCAACACAGUAUCCCCUUAACCAGUGAGAAUUAGUGAUUAAGAAACAGUACAGAAAAACAGAAUAGAUUAGGAGAGAGAAAAAGCGACAACAAAGAACAAAUCAUUUUCAAAUUCUGACACUUCAAUGUGUAAUCAAUUGUUGAGAUAUGUUUUAACUGUUUCUGGACCAGAAAUGUUCAUUUGCAUUGCAUUAAUAACAAUCACUUUGUUUAAAAAGAACAGUAGUCAUAUUGUGAGGUUCUGUUCCUAACUCUCUGUUGCAAGUCUAAUGGGCAAUUAAUGUACAAAUUCAACAAUUCCUUAAUAAUUACAGGAGGCUAAAGGGCAUGCGCAAACAAAUAGAUCAAAAAAUUCUAGAAAUUUGGAUCUCAUCAACAUUUCUUAAAGCCAUGAAUUUGUUAGCCAUUUUACACGUUAACAAUGCCAUGUGCUGUUAAUUUUAAUAAUAUCCAAUCCAAUACUAAGGCAAGUUUAAAAAAAAAUCAAAAGAAAGAAGAUUUUACUGGACUCAUUGUAAUCUGAGGAAGUUUUACGAUACUAAAUAGAAUUGUAUCAUUCUAUUUGUGCUUGAAAAUUGGCUGUUAAACUACAUACAAAAAUUUUUUUAAUUCCUCCCCCAAACCCCAACUAUGGUAUGGUUCCAUUGGUGCAGGGCACUCUCUGGUACCUACCCAAGUGGCCAUUAUUCAUGUUUGAGGCUUCACUUUACUAUUUCCAUUUUGUCAUGCGAGCUGUCACUCAUCUCUUCUAUCUUGAAAUUCCCUACACAGAGAUAGUAUAUUAAGACAGUGGAAAUGAAGUAUUAACUUACAAAGCUUUUGGUCCUAAAUGCUAGUCCAUUUGUUACUGACUUUAAAAACAAGAGUAUUGCUAGUUACCUCCACAACUACACACAUGUGUAAAAUGCAAAAAUCUCCACAAAUUUUGGCAUUAUACACACUGUAUUGUUAAAAACCUACGGCAGCAGUCAAGGAAGAGGCAGUAGCCUAUCACGAUUCUACCUGAGUACAAUUCUUUUUAUCAUGGAAAAGCAGUUUAAAGAUUAAAUGUAAUUUACAUUUGCUAUUGUAAUCUCAAUACCUAGAUACACCUACAGUAUUGUAUAUUGAUUGACUGACAAUAUCAUAACAGGCACCAUUCAUUUCAAAUAUGUAAUCACUAUUGAUGUAUAUUAUUAGAUUGUUAUUGUCUAUGCAUAAGAAAGUAAAUUUGAUAAAUUCACAGAUGAUAAUCCUAAUGAAUGUCCAACCUAGAAGUAGCAAGCAGUGGAAGAGAUGGAUAAAUUAAGUAAGUGGGAGGAUGACAAUAAACUAAAUAGAUAUCUAUGAAAAGCACUGAAUCUUUGAAGAAAACAACAUAUUAUGCAUGUAUAUUGGCAGAAGAAGGAAACAUGCCGUUGUAAGGGACCUGGGAUAAAAAUAACUUCUUAAACCUGUCAAAUCACAAUAAUACAGGAAUAAAACAAUUACAAUGCUGAAAAACAUUCGUUUGAUCAGUGGAGUGCAAAUCAGAGGAUGUUAUACUAAAGUUGUACAGGAUUUAGCUCAGACUAUAUCAUCAGAACUGCAUUCAUCAAAAUACAAAGGAAGUUUACAAGCCUUUGAUGCAUCAAAAAAUUGAUCCCUAACAUCAAACAUUAUUAUUUUGAGGAAAACUAAAGCAACUAGGCUUGCCCACUCUGAAAGUGGCUGUCUGGGUGUGGAUCAGGAAAAUGUCCAGAGACACUAAAUGGUACAGUUGGGAUAAACAGAGUAUUUCCUUACGGAAGGUCAAACUAUUAAAACAAGGGCACAUCAGCUAAAACUUUGGUCAGAAAGAAAUUUAUGAAGACAGUAAUCAACUUGAGUGGUUGGAUUUGAAAACUAAUUUGAGUGGUCUUCUUGAUAUGGUAGCCAAUGUGAAAACCUUGGGCUCAUUACUGUAGAAUGAUAUUAAGCAAAGGGAGGGAGAAAACUAAUUUUACAACAUUGAAUGGAAAAAUUAAACUAGCCCAAAGACUUCCCUCAUCCGCAUUCAUAUAGUACCUGUGCAAACUGUCCACAGAAUGAUAGACUAUAAAUUAAGGAUUUCCUUUCUCAACACUUUCUUGUCAACUGCAGCUGCAAAACCAAGGCAGUAACUCAAAUUCUAUCAGAUUUUGAUUCUAUUUGGAUUUAGACACCAGCUUUGGUGUAAAAGUUGCAUUCUGACUAAAGGGAGAUAUGCAUGGAACGUUCUUUGCGCAGAGGGUGAUGGGUGCCGGGAACACGUUGCCAGCCGAGGUGGUAGACGCAGGCAUGUUAGCGUCUUUUAAUAUAUAUUUGGACAGAUACAUGGAUGGCGGGGAGCAAAUGGACACAGACCCUUAGAAAAUAGAUGACAGGUUAGACAGAGGAUCUCGAUUGGCACAGGCUUGGAGGGCCGAAGGGCCUGUUCCUGUGCUGUAAUUUUCUUUGUUCUUUGACCUCCGAAUCAGGUCUUGGCUUCAAGUCAUAUUCCAUUGACUUUGGUACACAAUCUAGGUUGAUACUCCAACACAGUACUGCUCCACUUACACGUUAAAAUGGACACAAAAAAUUCAUAGUAUUGUGUGAAACACAGAAGUGUUUUCCUACUGUAUAAGUCAAUAUUUAACUUUCAAACAAUAUCCUAUUGCUGUUUUUGGGACCACGCUAGUCUCGUUUUGAGGUUGAUUGUGAAAGGCACUAAAGUAAUGCAAGCUCUACCUUUAUAUUUAUUUAGUAUUUGUAAUUGUACUUGUUCUUCGA